AUGAUUAGAUCUAAAUUAAGUAGUUGGAGAGAAUAUUGGACUCCGGUUACUAAUACAUCGACUUUCCAAACUACUGGCCAGAUCACUCCAAACGAGUUUGUUAAAGCUGGUGAUUAUUUAACAAGCAUGUUUCCAACAUGGUACUGGAAUAAGGCUACUAACGAUGUCAGCUUUAGAGAUUUCCUACCAAAGGAUAGGCAAUUCCUAGUAAGUAGGAAGGUUGUUUGCAAUAAGAGAGCACCAGACAGCGCUAAUAACACUACCGAUGGAUUAACAAGGGAAAUUAUUAUAGAUAGUGAAAUAAAUGAUGGCAAGUCUGAUGAGGAUGGCUGGUUAUUGGAAGAAACAAUAUCUAAGAAACCAGAAGGAACAGAUUCGCAAUCCAACGCUAAAAUAGAUCAAUCCAAUGAAAAGAAUCUUCACUCGAAUUCUGUAAAUGCAGCUCCAUUGGAUAUCGACGAAAUGAUGAAAGGCAUGGCAUUAGAGGAUGGAGAAGAAGAUGAUAUAGUAGAGGUACCAGUAGACUCAUCAAGAAGAUAUUAUGAUUUAUACAUUACUUACUCAACUUCUUACAGAACCCCUAAAAUGUAUAUUGUUGGAUUUAAUAAUGAUGGUUCACCAUUGACACCAGAUCAAAUGUUUGAAGAUAUUUCACCUGAUUACAGAACUAAAACUGCCACCAUUGAAAAAUUACCUUUCUUAAAGAAGAGUAUUCCAUCUGUUUCAAUCCACCCUUGUAAACAUGCGAAUGUUAUGAAGAUUUUAUUCGAUAGAAUACGGUUAGCUAGACAAAAUAGAAGAAAACAAGAAGAAGAAAAUGCCAAAGCAACACCUACUGACUUGACUACUACCGAUGUAACAACAACUACUCCAAGCCAUGCAACAACAUUACCUGAAGAGAAUUCCAAGGAAGAUGGCUGGGAAGAUUUACAAGAUGAUAUUAAUGAUUCAUUAAGGGUAGACCAGUAUCUAAUUGUAUUUUUAAAAUUUAUUACUAGUGUUACUCCCAGCAUCGAGCAUGAUUAUACGAUGGAAGGUUGGUAA